AGAAAUCAGGUGAUAUUCGCUUGAUUAGAUUCAUCUUCUUAUUAUGCAUUGAGAUUAUGAUGUUUCAUCAAAUGGACAAAAUAUCGACACCAUGCGCGGCAUGCAAGCACCUGAGGAGAAAAUGCACAGAAGAUUGUGUGUUUGCGCCUUACUUCCCCUCGACUAAACUGGACAACUACGAAGCGGUUCACAAGGUAUUUGGAGCAAGCCAUGUGGCUACACUUAUCAACAGUCUUCACCCAUGCCAAAGAGAAUUUGCCAUGGACACGCUCGCUUGGGAGGCACAAGUUCAAGCCAAUGAUCCGGUCAAUGGCUGUCUGGGUAUCAUUUACAACCUCCUUAGUCAGAUUAAAGACUUGGAAGAACAACUCGCGAUCGUCAAGAACGAACUUGCCUCUUACUGUAUCGUCCCCACAUUUGUGCCACCACCUUCGAUGACGAAUCUGGAAAUGCAUAACAAUCCUAUGAUGAUACCGGAACACACACCUAAUAACGGUGGUUGUUUAACGGGUCAACAGUUGUAUAACGAGGCUCAACGUUUUGCAUCCACACAAAGCGCUCAAAUGCAAGAGACGCAGAUGCAGCACGAUGAGGAGAGUUACCGUGACAAAAGUUCUUAUCAAAAAUUUGGACCAUGCUUUAACCUACAUUAAUCAUUAUCAUAUUGAAUCUUGAUAACAAUGGUAAGCUUUUAAAAUCUUUUUAAGUCUUGUCUAGUCGUUUGUAUAACUACAUUAAGAUAUAAAUACAAUUAUUGUUUUUAGUUAA